AUGGGCCGCCUCUGGUUCGGGCUGAUCUUCCUGGGGCUGGGUCCGAGCUUCGUCGAGCUGACGCAGCAGCUGCUGCACUUCGCCAAAGACCGCCAGGUCACCCAAAAGGAGCUGGAAGCAAAGCAGCUGCUGCUGCGGCGAGUGAAGGGGGUGGCAAAUCGGAUUUGCAAGCUGCAGGGCCGAGACGGCGGUGGCUUCCGCAUGCAAGUCACGCCCUUCGGAUCCUCCGUCACGGGUUGCGGGGAGAGUGGGGCGGACGUGGAUGCAGUGCUACACGCAAACGUGUCCAUGGGCAAGAGGAAGUGCCUGAAAUUUCUGCAGAUGCUCCGCGGCCUGCUCCGGAAGCAAGGUGUGCAGGUGAUCGGCCCCGUGGGCCAUCGGGUGCCGAUUCUGAAGCUGCAGCUGAAUGGCUUGGACUGCGACUUGAGCUGCGGCAACCUGCUGCCGCUGCUCAACACCCAGCUGCUGCGCCUCUACGCGGAGCUGAUGCCGCAGAUGGCCGUGCUGUGCAUCUCGGUGAAGCGCUGGGCCAAGACACAGGGCAUCGGCUCCGUGAUGACUGGCGGCCUCUCCUCCUACGCCUGGACUCUCAUGGUGGUGUACUACCUCCAGGUGACUCACAGCUUGGACUCUCUGCACCAGCUCUGCGAAGAGGAGGCUUCGCUUCUGUUCUACGCGGAAGACUUCGGCUGGCAGAAUGAGCUCGUCUCCGUGCGUCGCGGGUGUUUUUCUGUCCGAGAGGAGUCGAUAGUGACAUGGCGCGACGGUCUCAUCAACAUCGAAGACCCCGUUGAGAUCACGAGGAACUUGAACUUUGCCCUCAGCGAUCGCACCCCACACCAGCUGCCGGAUGCCUUCUGGGCUGCAGGCGAACGCUUGGACCGCGGAGGUUUGGAGGCCCUGUUGGAACUCCCUGUGCCCGCGGCGGGCGGCCGCUUCAGCUUGCCCUUCCGGCGCCUGCCGUUCCACCUGCGCCCGGCCACGCUGCGGAAGCUCCGGGCGCAGCUCGAGGCCGAGGCCACGGAGGUCACGAGGAAGGCGGCAACGAAGCGCGCGGCGGAAGGCCGCGGAGGAAAACGGAUGCGGCAGGGGGUCGUCGGCGCGAGCUCAAGAGCAUCGCAGUUGGCACCUCGGGCGGUGCCCCGCGCCGCCGCGCCCCGCUUUUCUCGCCAGGAGUUCCUGAAGUCGAAGAAGAACGACGAGGGCCGGGAGGCCAUGGGACCACAGAAGAAGGUCAUGAGGAACGAGCUGGGCGAAGAGGUGGUCACCAGCAACGAGGACCAGAUGGCGCAAGGCUUCCGCGACAGCACCUUGAAGGGGUUGGGGUUCGCCUCCCACCGCGACGCCAAGCUCGAGAACAUCAAAGCGCAGACCUUGGGUACGGACUCGGAGCUGAAGGGCCUCAAGGAACUGCCCAAGGCACCUGUGAAGGGGGAGGUAAUGAAGAUGGAGGUGAAGACCGAGGUGAAAGAAGAGCCCAAGGUACCCACCGAUGCCGUCGCAAAGGAGGAGGCAGGCAGUCAGGGCGACUUUGGAGGCGUGCAGUUCCUGGUACUGGCCCUCUCGGAAGGGGAGAGCGAGCAUCGCUGGAAGGGCAGCUGUGCGCUGGCAGCGCCGCUGAGCCAACUGGCGAAGAAGUGGGCGACUUUCCAUCAAGUCCCAGAGUCAUCCGUGGGCUUGGAGCUGAAGGGCAAGGAGCUCGAUCUCCAAAAGAGCCCCGCGGACUACUCCUUGGACACCAACGCCCAGGUGGAGUUGCUGUGCUUCCCAAAGGAGGAAGACUUCAUGGAGCCACAGGCCGAGGCAUCUCGAGGAGAGCGUCGACGGAACCGUGAGAAGGCGCGACCAGAGGCGACGUCCAAGCCUGAGAAGGCCAAGGAGGAGCCGGAGGCGAAGGAGAAGGAGGCGAAGGGCAAGAAGAGGCGUGCGGAGGUGAAAGUCGAGAACAAGGCGGAACCCAAAAAGCGGGAACGCGCAGGUGCCAAAGCUGAGACCGCGAAGCCCUCCAGAGCGGGAGGAGGCUUGGUGGAGAACCAGGACGGCAUGCCCGGCUUCGAGGAGCCCAUCGAGUUCCUCCAGACCAAUCCCAAGAAGGCGGGAGCUACAUCCUUCGACCGCUACGAGAAGUACAAGAUGGCCAAAACCAUCAAGCAGGCAUUGGCGCUGGGGGCUGCCAAGGGGGACAUCCAGUACGACUGGAAGAAGGGCUACUUCAAGAAGCCCUGCCGGCCCAUGCCGGCCCUUUGCACCGAAUUCGGGGCGCUCGGAGCAAAGGACGAGUCCAAGGACGACCUUGAGUCCAGGCUGGGGGUGGAGGAUGUGGCUUUGGAGAAGAAGGACAAGAAGGACAAGAAGGAGAAGAAGCAGGACAAGAAAGCCAAGAAGGCCGAGAAGAAGCUCAAGAAGAAGGAGAAGAAGGCGAAGAAGGAGAAGAAGGCCCUGAAGGAGGCCAUGCUCCUUCGCGCGGCUCAGGAGACGAGACGUUUUCUGCAUGCCGAUGAGCCGAUGAGCCGUCGCGGCGGAGCUGGGGCGGACGGCUCGUCGCCACUGCGCAGCGAUGAUCCCAUGGAGCUGGCCAGUGCCGAUGCCGAGCACUCAGCGCAGGGCGGGAUACUGAACAUCAGGCUGCUACUUAGCGCCCACGCCGUGCCCAUGAACCUCUCGCGCGCCUUGCAGCUCGAAAGAGACCGCGCCACGGACGCCUGGCGCCAGGGGCAAGGGCUACUUUGGUUUCAGCACCUGCGGCGUGCCGGCGGUACGUCGCUGUGCCACUUGUUGCACACCGUGCACCACGCAAAGUUCGUGGAGGGCCGCAGUGAGGCGUGCCAGCCGGAGGAUUGGAAACUCCGGGACGCGCGCGCCGUGGUGGGCUGGGGCAGCCCAGUGGAAGCAGGGAUGUGGAAGCUCUUGGCAUUGCUGAGCCUUGCGGCAGCCCAGGACAUGCACUCGAUGAACGGCCUGCUGCGCCGCAAGUGUGAUUUCGUGCGGAAGGAGAUGGGCAGCGGGCACAAGGGCUGGAUGAACGGACAGCAGUGGUUCGGCAAGCUUGCCAGGCUCUGCAACUUGCCCCACCAGCCGGCCAUGCCCAUGGAAUCUAUGGUCCACAUCGAGGUGCCGCAGCUGCCGCAGGUGCAGACGGCGGUGGCUUGGGCCAAGCACGCGGCGGAGCACGCGGCAGAGGAGGCGGCCAAGUCCCCGGCCAUCCCGGAGCUGAAGAAAGACGCAGAGAAGCUGGCGCUCAGCGCCAAGUCCGCGUUCGAGCAUGAGGACACCCAAGAACUGAAGCACGGUGCCAAGGAGUUUAUGCAGGACCUGAAAGGCCUCUGGGAGAAGAAUACCGAUGAGGAGACCAAGCGGAAGGCCGCGCUGCUCUUGGGCAGGGCUCACACUUUGCUGAAGGGCGCCCAGGACCAAGUUCAAGAGAUGCCAAGCUUGGACCAACUGGUGCAGCCGGCACUGCCGCAGGCGAAGGAGAUGCUCAAGGAGGCGAUCAGUGGCAGAGGGAACCUGAUGAACGCCAUGCAGGGUCAGCAGGCCGCAAAUCUCGCCAAGAAGGCAGUCUUCGCCAUCGACGCCCUGAGGAAGAGCGGCAUGGACCAGGAGGCUGCCGAGAUUGCAAAGAAGGCCGAGCAGCGACUCGGCAUGAGCCUGAACGACCUUGACAUUCAGGUCUGA